GUGGGCGUGUCCUCGGCGCCGUCAGCCAAUCAGAACGCGGGGAUGCGCGGAGGGGGCGUGGCCCGGAGUUGUAAAAGGGGCGUGGCCUGCGCGGGUUUCUCAAUGGAGCGGCGGCGGCCGGCGCGCGGCGCAUGCGCGGUCGGGGCGGCGAUGGCGGGGGGGUCCCGGGGCGCGGCGCGGAGCUGCCCCCGCCGCCAGCACCGGAGCGGGAGGAGCGGCGAGCCCGGGGCCGCCACUGCAGCGGGAGGAGGCGGCAGAGCGAGGACGGCGGCGGGAGGAGGCGGCGGCGGCGCGGAAUGACAUGACGGCGCCGCUCGGGCUGCCCCCGCGCUGGCCCGACGCGCUCGGCUGCCGCUGCGAGGACGCGCCGCGGGAGAAAGCGCGCAUGGAGAGCCUGGGCCACUGCCGGGAGAGCCUGGGCCACUGCCGGGAGAGCCUGGGCCACUGCCGGGAGAGCCUGGGCCACUGCCGGGAGAUGCUGCCCCACGCCGGGCUGGCCGCCCCGCCCGCCGCCCCGGCCGCCGAGGGCGCGGCGUUCGCGGAGCUCUCGGGCGCGGAGCAGCCCCGGCAGUGCCCGUCGGGCUCGCUGGGCUACGGCUACCCCCCCUUCGCGCCGGGCUACUACGGCUGCCGCCUGAACCUGCCGCAGAAGCCCUGCGGGGGCUACCACGCUGCGGACAAGUUCGCCGAGGCCGGGGGCUCGCUGGCGGGCGAGGAGCUGCCGCCGCGGGCCAAGGAGUUCGCCUUCUACCCCGGCUUCCCCGGCUCGUACCAGGCCGUGCCCGGCUACUUGGACGUGUCGGUGGUGCCGGCGCUGGGCGCGCACCCCGAGCCGCGGCACGAGGCUUUGCUUCCCAUGGAAGGAUACCAGCCCUGGGCGCUGCCCAACGCCUGGGACGGGCAGGUUUACUGCUCCAAGGAGCAAUCGCAGUCCGCGCACCUCUGGAAGUCGCCGUUCCCAGACGUGGUCCCGCUGCAGCCCGAGCCCAGCCCGUUCCGCCGGGGCCGCAAGAAGCGCGUUCCCUACUCCAAGGCGCAGCUGAAGGAGCUGGAGAAGGAGUACGGCGCCAGUAAAUUCAUCACCAAGGAGAAGCGGCGGCGCAUCGCGGCCGCCACGGCGCUGUCCGAGCGCCAGGUCACAAUCUGGUUCCAGAACCGCCGCGUCAAGGAGAAAAAGGUGGUGAGCAAGGGCAAGGCCGGACACCUGCACAACACCUGAAAAAACGGGAAAAAACGGUGAAAAAAUGAGAAAAAACGGUGGGAAAAUGAGAAAAAACGGUGAGACAAGGCCAAUAAAAAGACAAAAAAAAUGGGUGGAAAAAAGACCCCAAAAAAGGCCAAAAGAAGACCAAAAAAAAAAAAAAAGAAAAAAGAAAAAAAAACCUUAAAAAAGGCAAAAACAAGGUGAAAAAAGUCCCCGAAAAAGGCCGGAAAAAGCCCCCCAAAAAGGCCGAAAAAAGACAAAAAAGAGGCCAAAAGAAGACAAAAAAAGGCAAAAAAAUACCCACUAAAAAGGCCAAAAUAUAAAAAAUACAAAAAAGGCGAAAAAAAGGCUAAAAACGGCUAAAAAAUUAAAAAAGGGGAAAAAAAGGCAAAAGACAGAAAAUAAAAGUACCACACACAGAAAUAAAGAAAAAAAAAAUCCCCCCACAAAAACCGCAAGAAAAAGGGAAGGCAGAAGCGUUAAAAUUCAGUUAAAAUUCAGUUAAAAUUCAGUAUUUAUCCUCGCACCGCCGGGACUCUGCGGAGUUAUUUAAAGAGAAUUAUGCUUAAAAAUAAAAUUAAUAAUGAAAAAAAAAAUUAAAAAUUUCCGACUUCUCCGAAUCUCCAAAGCUUGGAAACGCCAGCGCGGGUUUGAGGUUAAAAUUCACUUUUUAUCCUCGCGCCGCCGGGACGCUGCUCAGUUAUUUAAAGAGAAUUAUUCUUAAUUAUAUAUAUAUAUAUAUAUGGAAAAAAAACCGACCCCAUUGCCCCGAAACCUCCGAAAUGCCGGCGAGGAUUUGAGGGGGUUUUGUUCCUUUUUUUUUUUUCCCUCCCGGUCAAAAAAACAAACAAAAAAUUCCCAGGAUUUUGGGAAAAAACCAAAUUCCGACCCCAAAACCCCCAAAAUACCAGCGCGGAUUUGAGGGGGUUUUGUUCCUUCCCCUCCCGGACAAGAAGAAUUCCCAGGAUUUUGGAAAAAAACCAAAUUCCGACCCCAAAACCUCGAGAAUUCCCAGGAUUUUGGGGAUCCGUGGAUGUUUCGCAGAGGAAAAAAGGAAAAAAGGACAACUGGACUGACCCUUGAGCGGAGCGCGCGGUGAGAGCAGGAAAUUCCCGAUUUUCCC